AUGGACAUCAAUGGUAUGCUGAUGAGCCUAAAUAAGGGCAAAACAGCUGUCCAUGGCUGCCACUCCCCGGGUGAUUUGGCUGUGCGCUUGCGUGAGUUACUGGCCUGGCCGUGAGUUGUUGCAUGUGCCUCUUGUUUGGCUUAGCCACAAGUUGUUCGGCAACUUUUCUGCAACUUUUCAGAUUUUAAGCAACUUUUGCGAUUUUUGCCAACUUUUAAAAUUCUGGGCAACUUUUGAUUUUUUAAAAGUAUUUUUUAAAUUAAUUUUUACUUUUUUCGCGACAUUUAUUAGCUUUCUGUAGAAAAGUCAGAUAAAUUCAACUGGUUUAUACUACCGUGUGAGUGCGUGGACUCCAGGAUCGGCCUAAGUACCAAUGCCAGCUUGGUGUUGCACGCAUAUCCAUGACGUAAGCGGUAUCACGUGACACGUUUUUCAAGAUGGCGGACAACACUGUCAGUGAUGCAGAUUCCAUCUGAGAGAAUUGAUAUAAGAUCAAAGCAUUUAUUCUUAGGUGACCACUUAAUCAAAAUUCUCACAAGCUUCUCCUUCGUAGUUAUGUGUUGAUAUUGUUAGGAAAACUGAGUUGACUCUUGAAAGUUACCCUUGUGCCUUGAACAGGAGAAAGUUGACCCUUGAAAGUCACUCUUGGGUCUUUGACUUGAACGGUUAAUGUUACUAUCCCCAAACAAACGCAAACGGCCACAAAAUAUAUUGAAUGAACAUUCUUUAAAUUUCGCUAAAAAGUACAAACGUGUUUGCUUCUUGGCCACAAAUAAACAAGCUGGAUCAAGUUGUGAAAACCGAAGUUUUUUUUGUUGUUUUUGUUUAUUUCUUUCUUCUUUCUUCUUUCUUCUUUCUCCUUCUUCUUCUUCUCCUUUUUUUUUUUACAGAUGUUUAAAUUAUUUUGGGGAAUUCAUAUCCCUAUUAUCCCAAUAACUCCUUUAACCGGGUAUCGUGACUGAAUAUAUAUUCAGUAUCAAGUUUAAGGGAAGCUUUUCCAAUCAACAAUACAGCUAGAUGCAAUAAAAACACCAGAAUCUGAAUCGCCAAGGCAGUUUACAGCAUAAUCACCUGUGAAGAACAAAAGGUUGAGGGGGAAGGGGCAGGUGUUUUACGGUAGGUGGUUCAAGGUGAACCAUGUCCUAAUUUUCAAUUUCUUAAUUGUGUAAAAGCGCAUUUUCUCUUCGUUGCCCAUGUUGGUUUAUUCACAGUGUUGCAAACCCAUUAAAAAUGUUCUUCAGCGUUAUCUGAACUGUAUUAUUAUUACGGGUUUUAUGUUUUAUUGAAAUAUGUAAUCGUUUCAUUUUUGAAAUUUUACAAUAAGCUGCUUAUAAAAUCAUAUACCCGUAGCCAUUUUUUUGUCUUUUGUGAGCUAUUGAGAAAUUAUAAAUUAUGGACCAUGUUUUUCCUCAACCUCACUAAUAAUUCAUGAACAGAAAACAAAGAAAAUACUACCGAAACACUGGUUUGGAUUUCUCUAUCGGUUUUUGCGAACUUUAGAUUUCAGUUGAAUUUCUGUAAGAAAAGACUCUCCCAAGUAUUUUUUUUUUCAACUUUUGACUGCGACCAGCGAAAACUCGUCAACUCGGCUGGAAAAACGCCUUGAAAACAGUAAAAGUGCAAAGUUUGAGAGUGAUUUAUUGAAAAAAAAUUUAAAAUAUAGCCCCGCAAAGUGGCGGAACUUUACAGAAGUUUGUAUGUUGAGGGGCACGUUCCACUGCAUGUGAAAUUCCAGUGAGGGCCUGUUUACAUGGAGGUGGGGACCCCAGAUAGGUGAGGUAACAUGCGGCGGGUCACCCCACCUAUCAUGUAAACGUGAUCAAAUUAAAAUGAGAGAUUAUAUGGACAGGUGGAUUACCCACCAAAGCAGGUUACCUCACCUACCUGGGGUCACCCAACUCCUUGUAAUCAGGCCCUAACUGUGUAAAGCUAUAUCAUCGCUGACUUUCGACGUAUCACCUUUAGACUUCGUAAGUUUUUCAAUUUUAAGGCACUCCUUAAGGGAAAGAAAAGAAUAAUGUGACAAGGUCUAUUAUAUUGUUCAUUUGAGAAACUAUAAAACACUCCACUCCACUCCGUGUUUCAACCGAUAUGCAGAUAUCUCAAAGUCGGACUUAGAAACUUGCCAGCGCCUUGUUUUAUAAACCCACAUCUCGGUGUCAAAAUGUCUGAAUAUUUAAGUUCUCAGAUAAUGUUCAUCCGACUAUUCUGAUGUAUAGACCUAUUCGGCUAACUCAGUGUUGUACCCAAUUCAAGUCUCCCGGGGUUAAGAUUCUUUGCGUAUUGUAUUUGCAUUACAACGUGGCAUUCUGGGCACAUUUAAAUGAUAUGGAAAUUUCUGAAACAAACUUUUUAUUCCCAAAGGGUUUAAAUUAGGUACCACAUUGACUUAGCCUAAUAGGUCUAUUUCCUCCUUUGGUUUCCCCGUUACAGAGUGAUAUAAUUUAAUUCGUUUUUGAUUUCUAUAAGGAUUUUAAAAGCAUGACUGUGUACCUAAUGAAAUGACCUGUUUUCUUUUAAUUACUUAAAUGGAAUCCUGAUAAAGCAAAACAAUGAAAAGGAACUAAAGCUUUUACCUUGAAGCAGUGAGAGUAUGACCUCCUUGAACUUGACUCUGAAGCAAAUGUGUUAAUGGGCGAUAUGAAUCUACUAUUAGAAGAAGUUCACAGCCACGUGCAUUCAUUAAGGUUAUCAGGCAAUCGGAACGGUGUUCAAAAACGCCACCAGUGAAGAUAAACCCUUUUUUGGAUUAAAUGUUGCCUAUGGGUGGGGUCAACAAUGUCAAGUGGCAAAGACUAAAUUUUGUAUGAAUGAUUACCUGGUGUUUGUCCUCUUGGCACUAGCAUUUUAUAAUUAAUUAUUAAAAUGUAAGAAUGUCAGAGUAAGCGCGAACCUAUUCCACGUGCUUUCGAAAAAUUCAUAAAAAUCCAUGUGAUGUACAUGUGAUUUGACAUGUAGGACAUAUCCUCGAAAAAGGAAAGCCAGGUGUGUUUUUAUUACACAAACAACGACAAAACAAAACAACGACAACAACAAAACAUCAUUUUAAUUUUUAGUUAAAUAACCUGUCUUGACUUGUUCAUCUUUUUGUCUUUUUCUUGUUCUGCUUUAAUUUUUUGCACGUUUAUUGCAUUUUUGUUUUUCGACCAGUACGGAAAAAUACUUUAUGAUCUUUUCUAUUUAGUUCUAGCGUAAUAAUUUUAUUCAAUUACAUCUAAUUUGUUUGUAAUAAUUUUAUUAUGAAAACUUAUUGUCCUUUUUGCUUCUGUUAGUAAAUGAAGCUGAAAACAAUCGUCAAAUAUAUCAGUCUAACAGCAAACACUUAAUAAAGUAUUCUCAAACUUAUUAAUAAUUCAUUAAGAAAAUACAAAGGAAAUUAAUGUUUAAUGAGUGUUUGGAAAUCGGAUGAAACGCUGCUUAGUAUUUGCAUCCUUAAUUUCUCCUUCAAAAAUGAUUUUGUUUGAGAAGAAAUAUCAAACAUUCGACACAGUGUUUCAUCACCAGAUGAAACACCUCGAAGUUCGUCAAAAAUACUCCGCAGCGCGUCGUAUUUUUCAACUCUCUUCUCGGUGUUUCAUCUGGUGAUGAAACACUGCAUCUCAUGUUUGAUAUAUUACUUCAACAAUAAAACUCCCUCCCUGAUUUGUUUCCAGGUUUACAGAAUUUUAGAUUUAAUCUAUUCGACCCAACUAAGAGAUUUUGUAGACUGGCAUGCCCAUGAUAUUGCAGAAGUUUUAUCCAUAAUAGCAGAAUCGUCUGCAACCGUAACACUUUUGAAAGCCACAACGAGUUCGUCGGUGAGGACCGCAUCUGUAAAAAAUGCAGUGGUUGCAGAGGUAACGAUAAUGACGGGGAUGAUAGGGUCUCGUCAGUUUGGCAUCUGCAAGAAAAUAUGAAGAAUAUGACUAAUGUACAUAUCAUAUGUAUUCAAAUCAGCGCUACAUUUUUGACAAACAAGUUAGUAAGCGCCACAGCUGAGGUUAGAUAUAAUCAAAAUCAAAAGACGUUAAUACUAUUAUUGUAAGACGGAAAAUUAUAACACAGUAAUGAAAACAAUUCUUUGUCGCGCCAAAGUUUCAAAUAAACGCCGCCCUCGCAUUAGCACAGUAUUUGAGACGAGUAAAUACUGUAAGCGAUACCGAAAGGGUUAUAGGGAGUGCGGGCGAGAUCGAUCGAAUGUCAAAACGCUGUUGUUCCAACGUUGUGCUUUGCAUAAAUCUCCGUGAUGUAAGGUCAAAAUGCGCGUAAUUGUAUUACGAGUGAUAGAAGGUCCAAACGCUAAAAGUCUAAACAUACAUUAUACUGGUCAAUACAAUAAAAUUUUAGUGUAAUUCACAAGCGUACAUAUAGCUAUUGUUUCCAGACUCCAGCUCUAUAGCAAUAGCGACACCUGUAAAUUCAACUCGUGAAAGUUUCAUAAAAGUGACCCCUGGCAACAAACGAGCGACGCUUGCGUAAUGGCGACAUGGAGAUAAGAAUUGCAAGCUCCUCUGGCCGCCCGCAAUUAAUUAUGCCUUACAUAAAAUUAUAUGAAGAAAUGAUUAUUGGCUUUCUCAGGACUUAGUGAUGCUCACUGAAAACCUUUUUCACAUCUUACAGUCAUCUUCGCCAUUAAAAUGAAAAUAGGAAGAAAAAAGCAAACAAGCAAACAAAAAACAAAACUCAUCACUAUUACACUUCGCAAUCUAUCAAAAACGGCGGCCAUAACUCGAUUUGAAAUUUUCUAACCUUCUCCAGGUAUUUUGCCAAGAUCGGCUUUAUCUUUAACAUCUAUCUGCUCUGGUUCCGAAAAUGAAAGCUGCAGAAAUUACUCGAUAUUUAGUUAUUACUGCAUGGUCUGUGCCCUGAAUGUUCACAGUAUUAUAUAGAUUCCAUUUAUAUCUCAAGGGAAAGCGUCACGUUAAUUUUACACGCUUUGUAUGUUGGGUGUUGCCAUGGUAAAAAAAAUGCGUUUUUUUUUUCGAGGCAAUGUUUAAAUGGUUUCUAAAUAAGAAUAGCCGUUACGUUGAACAUUUAGUCACAGAUUUUAGUUUUGAAAGAGCCAUUCCUCCUAAACUCCAAAUUAGCUCCAGAAAGGAUAAGAUUCAGAAGCAAAUUUGUCAGAUAAAAUACCAUAAUUUUCUAGCUUAGAUAAAUUGAUUUUUUUGUUAGCUUCGCCAAAAAAACAAACAAACAAAAAGAAAGAACAUUGGCAGGAACACCGCAACAGCUGUGGCCAAUUACAGGGGCCCGGAUACUAAUAAAAAAACAAAAAAUAAUAAAAAACACAGCGAUUCAAGAAAAAUGGUACUACAGCUACACACAACAAGUUAUUGGACGAGACAAGGGACGAGCUCUAUUACAUUUUAAAACGAACGUGGGUCUUCACAAUCAUAGGAAACAGCUAACGCAGACUUAUAAUAACUAAUAACUUCCUGCGAUAGUUGACUUUUAAAAGUCAUAAAAUUAAACUUACAUUAGGUUUUGGAUAAUGGAUGCAUGAGCUGUGAAAUCAUCCCAGCAACAAAAAGCAGCAAAAGACCGGCCAUUUUUUAAGGAUAGUUUCUUGCAGUCGUAAGGGUUCACUAUUGCGCGAAUGUGGUGACACCUUUCAUUUAGCUUUAUUGAGGUCUAAGACACCAGCCACGGCACGUAUAUCUUUCAUAACAAAAUCAAUAUUGUUUAAAACAAUUUUAGAUGCCAUUGACAUGCAUGGUUGAAGAGUUUUCUGAAAAGCACUUUUAAGCACUUUAAAGGAGCUGUGUUCAGGGGACAUAUUUGUUUGUCUCUAAUCUCUGAUUUUGUCAUUUACAUGUAAUUUCUUUGCCUACUUUAAGUUCCAUAGUAAUUGAGGGCAAGUAAUUGCUAAAUAAAACAAAAUGAACUGGACUGCCGUGACACAGCUCCUUUAAAAAUAAAAGGUAAAAGCAAAAGUGUUACUGGCUGGUACUAUCUAAAUGAACCCUGAGAGACCCUUCUAGAGGUAUUCUUGCAAAAAAGCGUGAGUGAAAAGAACUUUAAUUGAAUUAUCAUGAUCAUAGCAUAGCAUAUGGGCCCUUAUAUUAAGGACUCUGUUUAUUCAGGGGAGGGGAGGGGAUAUUUGCAGCCUAGGGAAGGAAACGAAAAAAACCCACGUGAAAAAGGGUUUAUGAUUAGUUUAAAGAUUGAGUUGUCUGGCAUCUGCGUUAAAAGCAUUUAGUUAAAAAUGUUAGUACACUGUCGUUUAACGUUUUUAUUUUUCGUUUUUAGCAUUUACAGAACUGGACAGUCUUUAGCUGUAGAAAUAAAUGCUGUUUUCUUUGUUUUUCUCAGUUUGGAUGCCACAACUUAACUUUUACGUACGGUAACGGCGAUAAUAUGGUAAAUGCAAAAACGCCUGCAGUUGUAACACACGUGAUUACGACAGGAGCGAUAACGACGGCGUCUGCAUCUGUGUCAACGAUAAGUGCAGAAGCGGCAGUGGUGACGAUAAUAACCCAGACGACUGCUCUUUUUAACAUCUGCAGCGAUGUUAUGGAGAACAUAAGUUAA